GGUACUUGAAUGCGCCAUCAUGAAUGGUGAAGUCACAUGAUACGUAGACGCAGAAGUAAAGCGACCGUUGUUUUGCUAGCGCCGUUAGCAUAGCAUUUUCCUACAUAUAAAUGCCCUGGAGGUGUUAAUAAGUACACAAAAUCAAUGGUCAGGAUGACCCAGAAGCACUGCCUGGAGGGUCAGGUGUACUCUGUGCCUCUCAUACAGCCGGCCCUGAGGAGAGAGGAGGCCAUUCACCAGAUAGCAGAUGCAUUGUUCUUCCUGGAGACCAUCUCUACAGAUAUUUUCAGGAGAGUUUCUGAGAGUGUGGAGAAAAAUCGCCACCACCUGCUGAGUGUCACUGACCGGAUCCGACUGGUUCAGGCUCGUGUUGACAGGAUCAAAGGCAGUAAAAAAGCCACCAAGGUUUUCUCCAGUGCUAAGUAUCCAGCCCCAGACCGACUCCAGGACUACUUGUCUCUCUUCACCGGAGCCGCCGACCCCUCGACACAAGCCCGGCCUCGACAUAGGAUACAGAACAAACUUCGCCCCUUCUGUGAGAAGACUUUACAGGAGAAGCUGGUCUACUUCCCGGUGUGCGUAGGCAACAAGAAAAAAUCAGAGGAUGAGACGGAAGAAGGGCUGGGCAGCCUGCCCCGCAACAUCUCCUCUGUCAGCUCGCUGUUGCUCUUCAACACCACUGAGAACCUCUACAAGAAGUACGUGUUCCUUGAUCCUCUGGCGGGAGCUGUGACCAAGACACACACAACCAUCGAGACGGAAAAAGAGCAGAAACCUUUUGAUGCUCCAUUGUCCAUCACAAAGAGAGAACAGCUCGAGAGACUGACUGCAGAGAACUAUUUCUACGUACCAGACUUGGGUCAGGUUCCUGAGAUCGAUGUGCCGUCAUACCUGCCGGACCUGCCGGGCAUCGCCGAUGACUUGUCCUACAGUGCCGACCUAGGCCCCGGCUUUGCCCCAUCGGGAACCACGCACAGCAUUCCAGAGCUUCCGACCUUCUCUGAGGAGAGCACUGGAGAUGAGCUCCACCCUAGCGUUCUUCCUCCUCCUCCUCCACCGCCACCACCACCUCCACCACCACCUCCUCCUCCCGCAACUACAACUCCAGCAGGACCGCCUCCUCCGCCACCGCUUCCAGCAGAAACCACCUCAGAUGGAGUCAGAGUUCCCAGCUCAGUGUCUGGUGCCCCCAGUGAGGUGGUCAAGCCCUCAGACGGUCGAGCCAGCCUCCUAGAGUCCAUCCGCAAUGCUGGCGGGAUCGGCAACGCCAAGUUGCGCAAUGUCAAGGAGCGCAAGAUGGAGAAGAAGAAACAGAAGGAGCAGGAGCAAGUGGGAGCAGCGUCCAAUGGCGGCGACUUCAUGUCCGAUCUCUUCAACAAGCUCGCCAUGCGCAGGAAAGGUAUUUCUGGCAAGGUUCCCGCUGGUGGGGAUUCAACCGAACCUCCUGGCGGUGCCGGAGGAGCGUUCGCGAGAAUGUCCGAUGUCAUCCCCCCACUUCCCGCCCCGCACACGACCACGACAGACGACGACGACUGGGAGGUCUGAAGAGACUAUAAAGAUUUAAUGCACUGAUAAUUAAGGUUGGAAAACCUCUGGAAAGUUUUCAGUAAAUUUCCAUGGGAGGUUAUGCUGGGGAAUUUUGGAAAGGUAUUAUAUUCAAGCAUACAUAUUAACAUUUUCUUUUGUCAUAAGCAGACAUCCAUCCAUUUAAUACAAUUAAAAAACGUGACAUUUCAGCAAAUUUCUAAGUAGAACUUUUAUCAAUUAUUAGAUAUUUUAUCGAACAAUCACAUCUUUUAUUGUAGAACAAAUGUUUGUAUCACUUAUCCCCCAAAUCGUAUAGCCCUUAAUCACAAGAGUCUCAAAGAGCAUCACAGGCCCACUGUUGGCAAAGAUUGGUGACAUCUCCUAAUCUAAACCCGCUAAUCAGGCAAGGAAUAACUGAAAACCCCAUUUUGGUGGAACGAAAGAAACCUUGAGAAGGGACCGCAGAUUGGGGGGGGGGGGGGGGGGGGAGAAAUCCCCCUUCCAGGAUGACCAGGCUGCAAUGAAUGUCAAGUGGGCAACAUUUAAAAUGUUAAAUGAAAAGAUCCCCUAUGCCCCCAAAAAUCUGCAUGUAUCGUGGGAAUGCUAUGUGCAUUUGACUGCAUUUUACGCAUAGUUUUUCUUUUCAAACCAAUGUUUGCAUUAUGUAACAAUGCACUUUAAAUAUUUAAUGUGGCAAAUGAAAGCCAUGCAGCAUUGUAGCCGCUUCAAUAAUUCAGUUGGACAUGCAGCAUUUAGAAAUGUUCCAAGGCUGUUGCAGACUCAGUAAAUAUAAAAAAGCCUUUGCACCCCUGUUCAAAUGCUAGGUUUUUGUGAUGUAUAAAAUGAGAACAAGAUAAAUCAUUGAAAACCCUUUUCUACCACUAAUGACCUAUAACCUGUAAAACCCAAAAAAUGUUAAAAGGUUUUAGGGAAAUAAAAAUAAAGAGCUGAGAUCA